UUUCUUUGCAAUGCACGCAACUAGAACGAUCAAAUAACGAAAACGUGAUAAUUUUGUAUACAUUAUUUAUAUCAAAUUAUAUUUUUGCGUGAUAUUGCGUUUAAUCAUCUCAUAUACGAGGCUUAUAUCGGUAACGCUUAUACGAGUGAUCUAUGGCAACGUGAUAUUUUCAGAAGAAUGCUGAUUAUUUUAUAAUACAUUCCAUGAUAGAUAUAUUUUAAGUGAAAGAAUCGAUUCUGUUAUUCCUCUAGACGAAAAUGAGAGAAAAAAAUGAGCAAAAACAUCGAUAUUCAGAAAAAGAAGUGGACUUUACAGAUGUAGUAGAAUUAAAACUGCAGACGCUUUUAAAAGAUGGAACAAGUACUUUCAUGGAUUUCGAAUGGCUGGAACCAGAAUUACCGUCCUUUUUCGACGAAAAAAAAUUUCUUCUCGGUCAGCAGAUGUUUUAUAACAACGCUUUCACCAUGAUGAUUGCCAAACUAUGUGGAUUGUUAUCUUUAUUCGCUGUACCAUCGAUCAAGGACGUUUUAAUGUUCACUGGACAAAGUGGUACACCAUGCACCGCAUUUCGCAGAUAUGUAUCCACUAUUUUGCACAAUUGGAUUUGGUAUGGAAAAAGAGCCGGUAUAGAAAAAGAAUUUCUCGAGUCGUUGAAAAUUGUGCGAAAAAAACACUGCGUAGCGUUUCGAAGAAGCUCAGAAGCAGGGCUGAACAGAGUCUCGCAACUGGAUAUGGCAUUGGCUCAAUUUGGAUUCAUGGGUUUCACCCUUUUGGGCGGUGACUAUCUUGGGGUGAAUAACAAUUUCGAGGAACUAGAAGGACUGAUUCACUUCUGGCGAGUCAUUGGCAGUAUGUUGGGCAUGGAAGACAAGUACAACAUAUGCACUGGAAGCGUUGAAGAAACACUUGCUCUUUGUAGACGACUUCUAGACGAAGUUUUUCUUCCAUCACUCGCUUCUAGUGGUAAAGAUUUCGAGGAAAUGAGUCGUGUUUUAAUCAAAUCUCUAUGGUCCGUGAAUCCUUAUUUAGAUUCAACCGCUUUCGUCCAAUUCACUUUUAUUUUUGCAUCAAGUAUCGCUACGAAUAAUAAUCAUUCGUUAAAAAUAGCUCCAUCAACCAUGUCGUGGUAUAGUAGAUUUAUAUUGAAUCUUCAGUUAUUUACACACAAAUACCUGCUACCAUCUUCCUAUUGGUGGUCCAGAUUCUUCAGGGCGUUCUUCAAUAGUCAAAUGCGAUUAGCAAUUUAUUUGACGGAAAAUUUACCAUUUCUGGCUUUCUGGAACUAUGGUAUAAAACAUUCUUACGUCGAUAUAUACAAAUAUCACGUUAAUAUCCGAGCUUAAACCGCAAACGAAUAAUUAAAGAAGAUGUCUUCCCUAAAAUGUACCUAAAAUGUACAUAAUUUGAAAUGAUUAACGCAUAAAGCGUAAACUAUUCUUAUUAUAAUCAGUAAGAUACAUAUCAAAAUAUAUUCUGUAAAUGCUUAAAGUAUAAGUUAAUAACUUAAGUCGAUUUUAAAUUCGAUUUAGAAAAUAAGGAUUAUCACUAUAAUAGUUUUAUGUUAAUUAUUGUACCUGCAAUGACAAGAAAAUUCGUACUUAGAGAAUAAUUUGUAAAGCUAUAUUUAAAAUUAUGUAUUGACUAAAUGUAAAUAUAGAUA